AUGUCAAAUCGAAAGCUACAAAAGGAAAUUGACAUUAUUUUUAAGAAAAUCCAAGAAGGACUACAAGACUUUGAUUAUCAUUAUGAACGAUAUGAAAGCAUACAAAAUACUGAGGAUGAUUCAGAUAAUCAAAGAGAAAAAGAGAAAUUGGCCAAUGAUCUAAAGAAAGAAAUCAAGAAAUUGCAAAAAUUUCGAGAACAAAUCAAACAUUGGCUACAGAAUGAUACUGUGCAUACCCUAGGUCCCGUUGGAACAUCGUAUGAGUCUAAACUAGCCGAAAAUAAAAGUCUAAUUGAGGAUUCUAUGGAAACGUAUAAACUAGUAGAAAAACAAAGCAAAUUGAAAACAUUUUCUAAUCAGUCUAUCAUGAUGGCAUUUAUGGAUACUACGAAUGGCGAUGAAGAUGACGAUGACGACGACUCUGAUGACGAUGAUGAUGGGUUGUUUAGUGGCAGUGAUGAAGACGAGGAAGAUGAAUAUAGUGAUUUACCAGAGGAUGCAGUCAACGCUAUUCAUUUUUUCAAAGAUUCUAUACUACAUUUGAGAGAACAAACACACAAGUUGGACCAUGAAUACGAAAAGUUGGCAGCCAAGAAGUUACGUAAGAAUAAUUUGGCCACGAUAGAGGCCAAGAAGGAAAAGAUCCAGCUGACGAUAGGGAAUAAUAAGUUUCACCAAAAAAAGCUCAAGAAAUUACUCAAAAAAUUGAAAAGUGGUAUAGUCACUGAGUUCAACUUAAUAUGGUUGUUGAAGGAUGAUUUGGAUAAAUAUUUAGAGUCCAAUGGUGAUUAUGAAUUCACUAGGGAAACAGAGUUGUACGAUGACAUUUUCAAUCAAAUUGCAGCUGUGGAGGAAGACUAUUCUGAAAUUCACGAAGACCACCACGAUCAUUCCUACUCCGAGAAAGCUUCAACGGCGAAUGGAUCAAACCAUGAUAGUGUGACUACUGCUACUACAGCUAAAAACACUUCUGUUUCAACACAACGAACAUCACCGUCUCCAAUUUUAACGAAAGCAAAUGGUCAUAUCAAAGAAUCGUCUGUUGAAUCUGGAUCUCCCACGUCUUUGCGCCUGAAACUUCUGAAAGCUCACACCAAUAUACUGCAACUGAGCACACAUUCAAAUACUGCUGCAACUACAACUACUUCCACCUCAUCGACACAUGCGCCAGCUCCUCGACAAAGUCCUGAAUUAACCUCGCCAGCAAUUGUAAAGACUUUGAGACCAGCAACUGCUCCUUCCAAGCCAGUUGGUAGUCUUAAGUGGUCAACAGCGGCAGCAGUAGCAAUCCCUGAAGUUCAGGAAAAACCAGAGUUGGCAGAAUCAGAAUCCAACGGAUCUAAUGUACACAAAACAAUAUCUAAGGACCAAUAUGAUGAAACAGCAGGUUACGAAAAACAACAGCAACAACAACAGCAGACACUGCUAGAACUGAAGAUUCUUUCUACCACCCAAAGUUUAACUCCUUCACUCACUGAUAAUAUAAAUCUUGAAAAGUGCAAGCAAGUUAUCAAGAAUUCAAAUUUAACAAAAACUGAAUUAGGGUUGUUCUCAGAUAUGAACUUGGUUAGAGUUCCACCAGGUAUCCAAGAUCUAGUGAUAUCGUUUGCAUCGAAAAGAAACAACGAUAACUUCAAAGUAUUAGUUGAUGCAGCUGAAUUCAAUCAAUUUGCGUUACCAUUACACAAGCCAUAUUUACCUGAGAUUGUUCAGCCGUCAUAUUAUUCGCAAUAUACAAGCACCAAUUUUAAGCAUCCAACUCCAUUAGUCAAGUUCCAAAGUUAUUGGAAUCAAGUGAGAGCAAAUUUUGGGUUUCAGAAAUUAGUAGAUGAGAUAAAAACUUUAACUUUACAGAAUAAUGCUGAUAACUUGCCAAUUAUUGCUGAAUUGACUUUUGUAUUAUUUUAUGGAUUUUAUUAUGGUGUGACUCCAGCAGAAAACUUGAUUGCCGAGUCGUAUUUAUUUGAAUUGGGUUGGAAGCCUUAUAAGAACCAAACCGAAGAUGGUAGUAAUUUAUCAACAACUCCAGUAAAUUUAAUAGAUAUUAAUGGACUGAAAUCCAAGUCUAGAUCUAAUAACUAUUACUUUUGGUUCAAACGGGUAAAACUAAUUUCCCGUGGUGAAGACAUGGGACAACAAUCCAAUAUUGAAUUUGGUGAUUACCAAGUAUUUGAUUUGAGCUUUUGGGAGAUAUUUGUCAAAUAUGGUUUCAAAUUUGAUUAUAACUUGUGCCAAAUGGAACCACCAAAAACAUUGUUUUAA